UGUUUUUUGUUCUAUUGUGCAAUCGAAAGUCUGCAGGAAGAAUCCAUUUAUCAUCUCAGCCUGCCAAUCUGAUCUAGAUCUACCUAGAUCAAACAAGCAGUCAUCAAUGAUCUGUUGUUAGCUCUUUCAAUAUGGGCUAUGACUGUGGAAAUGUUGUAGAAGCCCUUACAGACUGUCUCUCUCUACCCACAAUAAAAGCCCUCACAUUCUGUGUAGAGCUACAAAAACAGGAAAAUGUUUCAAGGCAAAUUUCAUCGUCUCUCUUGAAAUACAGACAUCAUCCAAAACAGAAUUAUGUACACACUGAGCAAUAUGAACAUUCUCCUGGUGUCCAUAUGGCACUGGUUGUAAGCUUCAAAAGGAAACUACAAAGUUUGGAGGUUCUUUUAAUGUUGCUAAUACUUGCUGGAGAUGUCGAGACUAACCCUGGUCCUGUUCACAAACUUACACUCUCAAAUCUUUAUGAAGAACUGCUUGAAUUGACUGAUCCUAUUCCUUUUGGUACAAAAUUGGGUAUCCCUCUGCUGGAAUUAGACAGAAUUCAGCGUAAGCAUCAUAAAGAUAUAAAAGAACAGAAAAUGGCUCUAUGUCAGUACAUUGUAACUAACUGUGAGCUGUACGGAAUUGGCUGGGAGAAAAUUGCCGAUGCUUUCACAGGCAUUUCAAUGGAACAAUUGGCAGUGAAAAUCAGAGAGAAUUAUUGUCAACAAGAUUGUUCCUCUUCUGAUUCAUCUACUGAGUAUCUCUCAGCGGAGGAAGAGCUCCCACAAACUGUACCAUUGUCUUGUCUGUUGCUACACCUAAAGUUAUCACUCCUGAGUGCAGACUGGAUGACUACGAAGUGAAGAACCUGAUAGGCAGUGGUGGUGUCGGUGUGUUGUUCCAUGUGUAUCGUGCCAAGGAGGACUACGCUCUGAGAGCACUCAGACUCUCUGACAAUCCUAAGGAGCAAGAGGCAGUACUACGGGAAGUGAAGGGGUUGGUGACACUGCAGAACCACCCCAACAUUGUACGCUACCACACCCCCUGGACGGAGAGAGCUAAUGAAGGGUGUGGCGAGAAAUGGGUGUGGUCAGUACUCAAGAGCUAUUGAGAGCUCUGCCCCUCCCCCAACGUUCCUCUUCAUCCCCACGGAGCUCUGCAAGACAGACACACUCCACACCUGGUUACUAGAGCACUGCGAGGAGAAGAGUAGGAAGAAGAGUCAAGUACUCGACUUCUUCAAACAGAUCUUGGAGGCACUGGUGUACAUUCAUGGGGAGGGCAUCGUGACCUGAACCCGUCAAACGUAUUUUUCUCUCGUGGUGAUGGACGUCUCAAACUUGGCGGCUUUGGUCCCGCAACAAAUGGACUAGUGAUGCCACAGGAAGGUGCUCACAGCUCUGCGCAGCCAGCUCGAGUUCCCUGCCCAGUUCACAGAGAGACUACCUAAUGAGGUGGUGAACAUUGUGAAGUUGCUACUGGCAACAGACCCGACCAAGAGGCCUACAGCUCUGGAGAUGACAACACUCAAGACUCUUCAGAGUCUCGAGAAGAAAGUGAGAAAGUCCAAGAGAGAGUACAUUCCUGUAUUCUAGUCUGAACAUUGUUUUUUGUGUUCAAUUCAUUUAUCCAAUGUCAUUGGAAGUCAAGUAUUUUAUUUAGAGAUAUAUCUCUCUAGCUAGCUACAUUGUUGUGUUGUAUUCAUAUUAUCCCCUGUUUUUAUCUCCUUGUUACUGCUAUCAGUUCUUAUAAUAAAUAUUAUGGUUAUUAGCUUUUGUUGUGUUCACAUGUAACAUCUCAGCCCCACCUCUAGUACUGCACAUGCGCGCCACAGUUUGCACAGCAAAUAAAGGGAGAGGCUGGUUAUGCUCAACAAUCCAUUUCAACAUGAGUCGAAGAUCAAGACCAAUUGGUUUGGUCUGUAAGGAUUGUCUUGAAGCCAACCCCUGGAACACCAAACUCCUGACCACAAAGUGUUCAUCGGCUCACAAAUCCUGCGUCAUACUCCUUGUGCAUGUUGCUAUCAACUAUAAAAGGAAGCUGGUACGAAUCAGUCCAAUGUCCAAUAUUGACUGGAAGACUGAACUCUAUGUAGGUGCCCAAUCUCAACAAAAGCGGAAAUCGGAUUUUAUAUCCCCUGCAAACCAGAGAAACCGACGUCAACUUCGCCCUGAUCCAGAUGAUGAUAAUGAUGAUGAUGAUGACAAGGUGCCGAGUACUCUCAGCAAGGCAGGGCAAGAGGCUCGGAACGCUAUGUACUAUGGACCACGUGUUGUGCAUUCAAAAGCUUACAAAGCAAGUGAGAAAGAUUUAGACAGAUAAGAGUUUUUGGCUGUUUUGUAGUGUGUAAACAAAAUUAAUGUUGUUGCUUACUUCAUGUUUCAAUACCAGAUAUUCUCAGCUCUAUAGCAUGCAUUUACUACUGCUCCAGCAGUGCUUUUGUUUACCUUAAAAAUAUUCAUGCUAUUUG